AUGGCACCUUCGCAGCUUCAGAAAGGGGAAAAAAAGCCUCCUGCAAAAUCUUGCAACAUUCUCAAGACCAAACAGAACAAACGCCAGCAUCCUCUGGCCCCCACUUCCCAUCCAAAUCCAUAUGUGGCUUGCUCUUUCGAAAGGUUCGGAUUUAAGGAACCCCAGUCCAAUGGCCACGAGAAGGCCAGGGAGGGACAGCCUAUGCAGAAGGACACACAGUCCAGUGGUCGUGAAACGGUUGAGCGGGACAUGGGUCAGCGAGACACAAGUCGUGAGAGGGAGUCCACAGAAUGUGAUAGUGGUCACCAGAAGGACAGGCAGGAUAUGGAUGAUGACAGGGAGUUUCCGCAUAGCUCUCAUGAACGUGAUGGGUCUGAUGAUGACAAUGAUGACAAUGCUGACCGCAAUUUUGACAGCAAUACACAGAUUGAUAGAGAUGUUGGCCGGUACACGCACCAGCGAAUGGACAAUGACACAGGAGAUCCAGAUGAUGAGCUCGCAGAUUCGGAGCAGGAUAAGGUUUAUGAUGUUCUCGAGCAUCAUCAUGCAAAGAACAGGCAGCGCAAAGCUCCUUCACCAACUCAUUUGUUGAAGGGGAAGGGAUACGAGUAUGUACGUACCUUCAAUCGCUCAGAAUCCCCUCAGCAACGCCCAUCCCAACAUGUUCGUUCCAAAUCUUCUUACCCAUGCUCUCCUCAACGUAUCAAGCCCUUGAAGUCCUCUCGUCGAUAUGCAUCAUCUGGAGCUGUUCAAACGGUUCAAAGAUGGUCACCUGCACGCCAUUCACGUCGUUCCUCUCGUUCAAAGUCUCCACGUCGACAACAAUCAUCUCAGCAAGUAAAAUAUGCAUGUGCUUCAUCCUCACGCACGCACUCUCCUCUUCGGCGUUCAUCUCGACCAGUUACUUCCUCAAGUUGUAGUCGCACGCAGCCCACCUCUCGUGGAUGCUCACCGUCACACUCUCCAUCUGGCUCUACUCUGGUUCCAAAAUGUGAAUGCUCUUGUAGCACUAUACCCGAAGACGCUCGUCGAUCUGGCAGCAACAAAUGGAAGGCCAAGACAAACCAGGAGAACCCCUCAAAGCUAGGAUUCUAUCCGCCCACUUGGCAAGUAUUCCUGCAGACGGCGAAGUUAGAGAUGCACUUGCAGGCCAUUCUAGCCCACCCAAUUCCAGAAUCACAGGACGCCCUUGGCCUCGCUUGA